AUGUCUGGUGGACGAGUGGUGGGUACCAGUACAUGUGAUGUCGAAGAACCACAGAAAGCAGCCGGCAUGUGCUUGAAGCCACCCAUCCUCAAUUUGGCGAUCGAGGGCGAAAGUGAACUCCUUGGCCCAAUUUCUGUGCGUGUAAUUUUCGCUGUUGGAUAUCAUGAAAUGAGCAAACACAGCCUUGUCAUGCAAUUAGCAAGCUCCGAGAGGGAGUAA